GCCAGAGCAGACGCACGCAACGAACGCGAGAGAUUCAUCCCGAGUGUGCUGCUGUGGACGACAUCGUAUCUCCGUUUGGCGCCAUAUUUACUUGGACCAAUCCUGAGUCCCUUAACGCAGUGCUGUGCGUGUGUUUGUUUGUGUAAUUUCGCGCGCUUUUGUGUCGCCUGGCGGCUGCUGUGGCUGUGGCAGUGCGCGAGUGUGCGUACGGGUCAGAAAAUUACUGAAAUUGAAACUGGAGCCCCAGAGCCCGACACCCACCAAAAAAGGAUAUUUAAAAGGCGUGAGAUUUGCGGCCAACUGCAAAGCUGGACAACUGCCAGUCAACUGAGAUAGAUCUUAAUUAGGCUUUUACUGGCAGUUGGCAGACAACAAUAGCUGGCAACUGGCUGCCGGGGAGCCGGACGUAGCAGCAGGCGGAACUUGAGGCACCAGAAACAGCACAGACAACAGCAACUGUGGCACAGCCGCAAGCCGAUCAGCAGCUCAUUCAACGGUUGAGUGUUUUAUGGUGCUAGAGAGCAGCAAUAAGGACAGCGGAAUAACCUUAGCAACCAUCUCGAGCAGCCUGGAGGCAGGAAAUAUCAUACACGAGGCGUAAGGAACAAAGCCAUUCACCAAAAUGGCUGGCGGGGGUAGAACAGCCGGGAAGUACGGUUACUCGGACAACAGUUAUUACAGUAGCCACUCCUACAAGAGCAUCAACGAUGAGAUUAUUCUGGUCAGCAUUAUAAUGGGCAUCACCAUACUGGUGCUCAUCACCAUCGCCCUGUGCUACAUUGCGUAUGAGAAGUGCCAGAAGAAGCGGGAGUACUACAUCAAUGCCUAGAGAGGAGCUCUAGAACGUGGGCCUGUCGUGGCUUACUUUUUUCUUUCAGUUGGUAUUUACUUUUGCUCCCCACUGUAGCCUGAGCCCGGUGGCAAGCGUAGCGGUGGCAUUGCAAGGCUAAAUGUCAACACGGUCGGCAACAAUGUUGACGUUGACGAUUUAGUUGGCCAACAAAAAUAACCAAGAGUGGCUUGCAUCCUGCUACCACACUUGCAUACAUAGCUACAGAUCCCCCUCCACCCAUACACACACACACACACACACAUGCACACACAGAGUCGUCACACACAAAUCGGAAUGCAGCGGAAUUUGUGCUGUUUAAACGUUUCUCCAGUGCUUUUCCUCUGUGCUUUUUCCUUUUUCCUCUUCUUUUGUUGUUGGUUUUGCAGUUUCUCUGAAGUGGCUGCUGGCAAGGAAAGGGAAGUGCAUUGGCAUGGCUCUAUUAUGUUGCCACUGUGCACAGUGGAAUUGUGCGAAUUUUACGUACUUUUCCAAGCAAUUGCAUUUGUCAUUAGAAGAUCAUUAGCAGGCCGCACGAGAAGGAUACAUUUGAGUGCAAUUUAAGACAAGUUUUGGUGCAUUUCAAUUGAACAAUCAACAGUGGCCAAAGAUAAAUAAGUGACUGGUCUGACUGAAAGUGAAAUGUUAUGAAAAGUGCAGAUAUUCAUCGAAAAAGCUGACCAAACAAUUGAAAUGUUUUUCCGCGCUCGGACAACACAAUAAAUUUCGAUUUGUAUGCCGCCACGCCAAGGCAAUUCAAUUUAAAAUGCAAUCCGACUCGAUGCCACACCAUGCAACAACCUUUUGUUUGUUGCAAAAAAAAAGAAAGACAACCAAAAAAACACACACAAAAUGAGCAAUGAGAAUGAGGAUGGGUUGAAGAAGGAAAGGCGAAACGAAUCUAUUGCAAGUGUUUCUGUGGUUCCCUGCAUGAAGCAACUAUAAAGGAGGACCCGUCGGCUUUUUUGAGGGAAACGU